UCCGUGCAGUUGCAGGAGCAUCUCGCUGACUGCAGUCAGGAUUGAAGAAUCUCUCUGGCUUCAGAGCUGAGAAGAUGGCGACACAUUUUGUCUUAGUGGGUCUGCUCGGCCUCUGCAGUCUCUCCCUGGGCCUCGAGUGUAGACGGAGGCUUCUGGUGAAUAUGAAUUUCUCCGGAACAGACAUAAUAACUCUCUACUCUCCCGACGCUGAGCACUGUCAGCAGCUGUGCACCCAGUACUCCUCCUGUCUCUUCUUCAGCUUUCUGCGGCCUGACUGGACCAGAGACAACAGGCACUUCUACUGCUACCUGAAGACCACUCCCUCUGGACUGCCCAGCCUUCGGACUCCACUCCUGGGUGUCACCUCUGGCUUUUCUCUCAAACCCUGCCACCCAGACCCACAGCCCUGCAUGUCUCAGGUGUAUCGUCACGUGGACUUCCCGGGGGCAGACUACCGAACCUUGUUCACAGCAGACCACGAGGAGUGUCAGAGAGCCUGCACACGUGACCCGGCCUGCCAGUUCUUCACUUUUGUUGAACAUGUUUUUAUACCUGGCAGCAUCAGGUAUAAGUGCCACCUUAAAUUCAGCUGGACAGUACCAAGGAUACCCAUAAUAAGGCGAGCUGAUGCAACAAUAUCUGGAUUCUCCCAUAGAAUACAAACAAUGCAAUUCUUUGACGCGGUGUGCGAGCGCAAGCUUUUUCCAAACACCAACAUCCCAGGAAACGACAUUGAGGUCCUGUUCGCUGCCUCUCCUGAACACUGUCAGACAUACUGCUCCGCUCACCCACGCUGCACCUACUUCUCCUACAUGAGUUAUGCCUUAAAAUGUUUCUUGAAGAACAAUCCAAAUCAAAUGGUCCGCAAGGCUGUAAGAGGAAUCACAUCUGGGUUACCGGCACGCUUGUGUCAGCUGGAUAACAACUGGAUUAAGCAGACUCAUGUAGGAAUAGAUUUCCCACAUUCUGACAUACGCUAUCUUCAGACGAACGACGUUGAGGCGUGCCAGAGAAACUGUACCGAGGAUCCCAACUGCCAGUUCUACAGCUACAUCACUGACAGGAUCAGUAACCCUGCUCUCAGGCAACACUGCUAUCUCAAGCGCGUCAUCACCGCGCCCGCUCCUCCUAAAGUUACCAAACUGGCCAAUGUCGCGUCUGGCUUCUCCCUGAAGAACUGUUAUUACAAAAUCAUCGUUUGAAUCCAGCAAUUCCUGCAUACAGAAAUAAACACAUAAUCCAUGCAUAAUCAGUGUACUCAACAUCAGUGUAAUCCAUAUAUAAUCCAAUAAAAGAUACAGCAGUAAGCAAUCUGUGUAAAUGACUAUUUUCAUGAACACCUGUGAUGCUUUCUCAUUUGUUUCAAUACUACCCUCGCUUCCUCACAUAACGUCCUCUUUUCUAUAUUUAGUUCGGUCCAAAGCAUCUACCAGCAAGUCCCCA